CUACAGAGAGAAAGGCAGGCUCGCGGAAAGUAGCUACUGCAGUGUCCUGGCAGAAUAUCUGUCCAAACGUUCACAAACUGUCCCGGAAAGUUAAGUGUAACUAAAAGCUCGUUUUCUAGAGACGGGGAGCGGACACAGACAGGCGCCAGUCUGUGUGGACAGAGGAGGACGAUCUUGUCCAUUGUGCCCGCUGCAAGAGACACACAGCCAUAGCACACAGAUCACGCAUGAAUUUAUCGAGGGUCCUGUACGUAUCGGCAUUUUUUUAUGCGUUCGUGUUGGUUUUCACUAUAUCGCUUUGUGGAUUCAAGGGAAAGAGGACCCAUGUGGAUGAUGAGAGUGAUGUCAGCUGCAGAAACAUCACAGAGACGGCCAGCAUUCGCUUGUGAUGUGUAGCUCGGACGCACUCGUCGUAGGAGGGAUGAUUUUCGAACUGACCAAAAGCAGAAUAAUGAACUGAAUUACAAAGGGACGCCCUGGUCGGCAGAAGUUGGAACGGAAACCACGUUGGAGGUCUGGUGUCCAGCGAGCCAGCAAUGCAGCAGCAGGGCACCGAUGUCUGCCCAUCACAGGCGUCUGGCUGCGAGUCCGCCCCCGGCUCCCCAGUGCAAAGGAAGCAGAAUUCAGGCAACGUGGUCAAUGUUUCUCAGGCCUCGCUGAGGGAGAAAACACCAGUUCAGGAUGCAGGGGACACGAGUCCAAGCCAAAAAGAGAGAUGGUUUCAAACGAUGAAACUCAACCAAGUUUUGCCACAGUUUACCGCGUCAGGUCACAUUGCAGAUGGAACCAGUGCAUUUGAUAAUGAUUCAGUGAAAUGCCAAUCAUCAGGAGGCCCUCUAGGUGGCUCUAUUACCUCACCUCAAUCCAGAUCCAGUGAAACUACCUUGGACAUCAGUGCCCCCUCAGUGCCUCCAAAUAGAGUAACAUUGCACCCAUCAGGGACAACGGAAGCGUGCCAGCUACAAUCCAAAAUGUCCACAAAAGGCAGCUCCUCCACAGCUACGCCCCAUCCGGGUGUUCCCAGGCCGGCCGUACCGUCACCUAAAGCACAACAAAAGCCACAAGUAGGAUGCAAUCAGCCGAAACCUUUAAACGUUGAGGUCACCGCAGGCCUCAAAACCGCGUCGUCCACCCACCUCGCUUCCCUCAAGGCUGGGAGGAGUGGAGCGGCGAACGCAGCGAGUCAGGUCGGACUCAAAACGAGUGCCUUGGUAACCGGCGGGAGCGACGAUAGUGUUGAUAAGACACGAGUGACCCCAGUGUCGGAGGAGGAAAGAGUAGCCAAGCGUAGGGAGCAGUGGCGGAUAAAAAAGAGGGAACAGAGAGCGAAGCUGGCAGCUAGGUCGACGAAAAGCAGAGAGCGGACACAAUUCACAGGAACAACGCUCCCGAGGCCGGUAACGCAGAAGGCAGGGGUAUCGCACGGUGGAGGUCUCAAACAUCCCCCUCCCCUAUCUUCUGUACAAAGCAUGUGCCCAAAACAAAGCGUUGGUAGCCCCAGGCCUCGAGAGGCACCUGCCAAUCGCUUACUGCAGAACGCUCGAGUGACGCUUGAUUCAUCUUCUGUGCCUCGACUUGUCAAGAAAGAGGAGAGAACGAACGAGGAGUCGGGGCCAGCCAGGUUGAACCCAGUUGGACCUAGUCCGAAUCAGAACACGUUAUUAAUCAAAGUAGAAAACCCGCAGGUCUCUAGGAAAACACAGCCCGCUUUCACGCCUAACGUCAAGGUUGAACGACGGAUAGAUUACCCCAGGAAGUUUUCGAACCACGCGUAUUUUUCCAACGUCAACCGGGCGAUCGCCAGAUGCCGAACGCCACGGCAGAGACUCGUCGAAACGCAGAAGUGUUUCUCCAAUCAACGGAACAUAAGAGUCAAGUUCCCGUCCCUCGCCGCCAUCUACAAUUCGCGGAACGUCCCCAAAGUCCUCCCCAACGAGUCUCCUGAGCAGACGGCGUCCAGACGGAGGGAGUACUGGCGCAUCAAGAAGCGGGAGCAGCGUGCCAAGCAGUCCCUGGAGGUGAAGGCCCAGCUGAAGGAGAAGGACUCCCUGAUGAGGAGAGUCAAACGUUAUCAGAAGAUCCUGGAGGAGAUGAGGAGGGCCCGAGCGCAGGCCGUCGCCCUGGGGGGCCGGUCGACGGGCGGGAUGCUCACCCACGCCUCGGAGACCAUCGGCGGGUUCAUCAAAGAGGACGGGACGGUGACCGUCAGCCUUGCCCCGGUGCCGACGGACACGGCGGCGGCGGCGGCGGGGGCGGGGCACGAGGCGGAACAGACCUCUUGUCUGCUCUCCGACGACGGCGUCGUCGCGCACUCGCCGCAUCCGUCUCACGCCGGGCCUCUGGGUCACGGCAGGGACGCCGCGCUCGGGUACUCGGGACGGCUCGGCCACCGCCCGCCCCCGCCGCUGCGUCCGGCUCAGGUCCGAGUCACGCUGCCGAGGGACGGUCCGUCCGCCAACAAGCCUCCGCGCCUGCUGUCCGUCAGGCCCAGGGCGCACUUUCAGAGAUCGGCCGUGGCGCACUCCAACCGCUCGGCGGGGCCCAACGCCGCUCAGAUCACUCUCACGCACCCUCCGUUUCCCCGGGCCGCCGGGUCCGAGGUGUCAGCGACGGGGGUCGGCGGCGGCGGCUGCGUCAUGAAGAUGGCGGUCUCUUCGCUGUUGGCGCCGCCGUGUGAGGACGCGGGGCUGACCGAGGAGCAACGCAUGGCCAAGAAGAGAGAGUACUGGAGGGUGAAGAAGAGGGAGCAGAGGGCGGCCCGGGCCACUAAGCUGAAGCACGGCUUAUUGCCGGCGUGGGACGCAGCCAUGCAAAGGAGGAAGACCCACAAGCAGACGCCCCUUCAGCGGUCGGCCAUGACGGCCAAUACCGCUACGCAAAUCAGGAAUUCUGCCAAACUGAAAAUGAACGUCCUCCCCUCCUGUAAUGUUAAUGUGCCUAAUCCUCAGCAGGCGAAGCAGAUCAAAGUGGAGAGAGAACCCGUACCGGCCGCUGACCUAAAUAUUCCACCUGAUGAACGAGCCAUCUGUCCAAUCAAACUGGCCCCCUCGCCGUCGCCUCCGCUGGCCUCGCCUCAGCCAGAGCCGGAUCCAACCCUUAGUGCCGAAACCCAGGCGACCACUCUUCUCGCCGUGGCCUCCAUGAAAAAGCUGCUGGAAGAAUCCCUCAGCACCGUGACUGAAUGUCAGCCCGCCGCUAUAAAAACAGAGCCGCCGCCUCCGUGUAAAGCCGAGAGAGAGGAGGACGUCUCAGACGAGCACUCGGUGCAGGAGAUGAAAUCGGAGAUCCCGGAGGCCUCCCUAGGAGGAGAAGAAGACGACGACAAGCUGCCGUUGGCUGCCAACCUUACGCUGCAGAUCAAAAGCUGGCAGGCGGACCCUGAUGACUUGGGGCACGCCUGUCCGCGAGACCCUUACCCUUAUGCCUCAACCCAGACCGGCGAAUCCUCCCCACCGCUGUCCUCCACAACCCCGGACCCCCAGUGCCCCACUGCCUUAGGCGAGGGGGGUCCGACGCAGACGUUGUCUCCCCUACGUCGGGCCAAAAGGCUGUGCACCAAAAAGUCGGGCAAUCACCUUCAGCAUUGUUGUUCCUCCGAGCCGCCGAGGCUGCACCCCUCACCCGCCACACAGCCGCCGCAGCCACAAAGGGUGCAACCGGCGGCGGCGGCGGCGGCGGCGCCUUCACGAUGCCUACCGCAGCCUCGGCCGUCCGCCCCACAGCAACCGCUCAGGAGACCGUUGUUCGUGGAGCCUGUGGGGGUGGAGGGCGGUAUGAGCUGUGGCAGCAGCCUGCAGGAGAAGAGGGAGUACUGGAAGCUGAAGAAGAGGCAGCAGAGGGCCCGCUCCAAAGCCAGGCAGAAGGGGGGGCUGGGUCACAGACAGAACAGCAGGCUCUCGUCCCAAAACAACGUACAGUCUCUGAAUCCCCUCUCGGUCAACAACGCCCCGUCGGGGAAGAGCCCGAUGAGUCCGCCGGCCAAACGCUGCCUGCAGCCCAAGGCCCCCACCGCCACCCUCACCGCGGUGCACAGCAUCCCCACGCUGCUGGUGGUCAGUCCCACCGCGUCCAACGACGGGCGCUGCCCCGACCUGCUCCAGGUGAAACCGCCGGUCUGCAGCUCCGCCUCCUCGCCCGGCAGGGGCCGGCGCGAGGUCAACGCCGGGCCGCCCUCCGGCGCGUCCUGUGACCCCGACGCGUCGGAGUGCCACAAGGGCGCGACGGCGGGCGGCAACGUCGACGCCCCCUCGUCCGACGGGGCGUCGGGCGCCGAGCUGCGUCUGGCGGGGAAGCCGACGCCCGAGUCCAGGGUGAGGAGGUGGGCCGUGCACGAGAAUAGCAACGCGGCGCCGGCUCUCGCUACUCUCACCCCCCCAGACAAUCCGCUGUCCAGCAUCAACCUCUUCCCCAUCGAGCCCCUCGUUCCGACCUCGGGUUGCAACGCCUCUUACGGCAGCCCCGUGAGGCCCGCCCACGCUCGGCCCCCCAAGCCCAAACCCGCGCAGGCCUCCCCGACGAAACUGGUGCCCUUAAGCACCCUGGCCCCCCCGAAACCCAUCCCGGGGGAGUCCCAGGACGAGUUCCUGAGGCGGAAGAGGGAGUACUGGAGGGUCAAGAAGAAGGAGCAGAGAGCGAGGAAGGCCAUCCGGGACCGGGAGCUGUCCCAAAGGAGAGCGCCUGGCAACUGGAAGCCCAUCAGGCCCGCCAAGGACCAAGAGCAGCCCCAUUACACCGAGAACCAGGACCCGGGAGAUUGUGACCCUGCCUACGAGGACUCGGAACAUCUUAUGAGCUCGACCUCAGACGCUGAGAUGGGCUAUUAUUCGUACUCGAGCGACACCGUCCCGCUAGAAGGUGAAUUGAUGCUUGCAUUAGCUAUCUGCUAAAUCUGAACUACAUUGCCUCUUCAUUUCCUUUACUUAUCUAUUUUAUUUUAUUUUAUUUUAUGACAAAGUACUUUGAUUCUGCCUCGUGUAGGAAAAGUGCUACGUAAAUAAAGUUGCCUUGCCUUGAACGUAACCCCUUCACAUUGAG